GGUGGUCACCUCAUGGAAAACCUCUCCUCCUUCAAUGUCACCAUCCACGUGUUGAACGAAGAUCUAGAUGUGGCUGGCACAGACUUGAGCCUCCGAGCCCUGACGGGCUUGCUGUUGUCCCUGCUCAUCUUGUCCACCCUUCUGGGAAACACGUUGGUUUGCCUGGCUGUCAUCAAGUUCAGACACCUGAGGUCCAAGGUGACCAACUUCUUUGUCAUCUCCUUGGCAGUGUCGGAUCUCUUUGUAGCUCUGCUGGUGAUGCCCUGGAAGGCAGUCACUGAAGUAGCAGGGUAUUGGCUGUUUGGAGACUUCUGUGACACCUGGAUCGCCUUUGACAUAAUGUGCUCCACAGCUUCUAUCCUGAACUUGUGCAUCAUCAGUCUGGACCGCUACUGGGCUAUAGCCAGUCCAUUCAGGUAUGAAAGAAAAAUGACUCAGAGAGUAGCUUUCGUCAUGAUAGGUGUAGCCUGGACCUUAUCCAUCCUUAUAUCCUUUAUACCUGUGCAACUUAGCUGGCAUAAGUCCCAAGAGACUGAUAUGGAGCGUGAUACCACCAACCAGACAGAGAACUGUGACUCCAGCCUCAACCGGACUUAUGCCAUAGCGUCUUCCCUAAUAAGCUUCUACAUACCUGUGGUCAUCAUGAUCGGGACUUACACCAGAAUUUACAGGAUAGCACAGACUCAAAUCAGAAGGAUUUCUUCAUUGGAAAAAGCUGUAGAGCACGCUCAGAGCUGCCACCCAGACUGUCAUCAUGACAACUCCUUGAAGACCUCAUUUAGGAAGGAGACCAAAGUCCUGAAGACCUUGUCUAUCAUUAUGGGGGUAUUUGUGUUCUGCUGGCUGCCAUUUUUUGUUCUGAACUGCAUGGUCCCUUUCUGCCACGUUGAUCUCCCCAGUGACAGUGACCCAGAGCCCCCUUGUGUCAGUGAGACCACUUUUAGUAUAUUUGUCUGGUUCGGAUGGGCGAACUCCUCUUUAAAUCCUGUCAUCUAUGCAUUUAAUGCCGAUUUUAGAAAAGCCUUCACCACCAUUUUGGGAUGUAAUAGAUUCUGUUCUAGCACAAAUGUAGAAGCUGUAAAUUUCAGCAAUGAACUGGUGUCUUACCACCAUGACACCACCUUCCAGAAGGAUAUACCAGUAACUUUCAACAACUCUCAGCUUCCCAAUGUGGUGACUCAAGAUCAGGAGGACUUGGAGGGGCAUUGUUUUGACAGAGUGUCUAUUAUAUCCAAUUCACAUGGGAAUAGGAGCCAAAAGAACUUAUUAUUGCCUGCUGGUGUUCAGUUUGAAUGUGAGGCUGAGAUAUCACUAGAGACAAUCACUCCAUUCACAUCUGCAGGACCUUUAGAAUGCCACCAGCAUGCAGUGACAGAUGAAGAAAGACAAUAUUCUGCAAAGCUAUAUUAA